AUCAGCCGUCUUACGUCUUCUUUGCCCAUGCCGUAGCUACGCCAACAUCAGUGUCGGCUGCGUCUUCCACCAUAGGUACCUCAUGCGACUCGCAUUCUUACUAGGCAAUAACUGCCGACUCGAAUGAAACUGCGUCUCUUCCCCGUGCUGUCCAGAGACUAAUAAGACACCUCGGCUGGAUCAUGCGGAGCCCGCUUCGACCAUCGACCGCCCGUGAUCUUGUUCCACCGCCGCCGCCGCCGCUGCCGCGAAGAAAGAAGCGAUCGAACAACACGAAUCGCGACCUCGGUGCACUCGCCUAUCCGUCUUCAUGCCAGCGUCUGGCCAAGAUGAGUCGCCGCCGGAACCGAUUCAAGCGCUCGCUGUGGCCAUGAAGCUGCCUAUGGCGCGACACUCGACCUCAGCCAUGGAGUCUGAGCUUCCCUUGUCGCGGUCCGAAUCAAACCUGACGUACCGGAGAUCAAACCCUUCCGCCGCGUCUCUAUAUGCAUCGACACUCUCACCCCCAGGAUCGCGCCCGAUGUCUCCGGCUGGUCGCGGCUCGCCGUCACGCACCCUAUCUGGUGCCGUCUUCGAGCCGUCGUCGAGUCGGACAUUUGCCGACAACUCUGCCGACAAUCCUGGCGAGCCCCUCAACCUCAUUCUCCAGUCCUUUGUCCCCCAUGUGGCUGUUUACGCGUCCGAAGACACAGAGGCGCUCAUGGGCGAGAAGGGCUGCCGGAGUGGUCUGUGGGAACUGUUGCGGCCGUUUGGAGAGAGAAUCCAGGGCAAAGUUACCGUAAGAGACAGCAACGGCAUGAGUCGGGCCUUCGAGGACUUUUCGGUUCGGUUCACCAAGUUUGGAGACGGUGUCGGGCAUCCGGAUCCCUCCAUCUUGGGGGCGAAGCAACCCAGGCUGUCAGGGGUUGGUGGUGCAAACGACAUCCAGGAAAGCACCUCCCGAGACCGCAAAACUCUCGCAGAUGUGGAGGCAGUGGUCGAGCGGCAUCUAUCAUAUGCUGAAGAAUCUUCACUUGGACAACCACACCAAGGACCUAUUGCGAGACCGGGACAACAACUAGAGACGGCGUCUCCUUAUUAUGCCCUGUACAUGCGGCGACUGCUUUCUGCGCUACCUAUUACGCCUCACGAAACGUUCUCACACCCAGUGGCAUGCAUUAUAGCCAUCAGCUCCAGGAACGAGGCUCCGAUAGAGGAGCUCAGAAGCUUGUACGCCGACACCAACCAGGGGGAUCAUAAACUCCCGCCGUGGGUGGACAGCGAAUACCUCAGGUACUACGUGCUGGUUCAUGAUGAAGAGAAUGACGACAUCAGCAGAUCCAUAGCGCUUUUCGAGCAGAUGAAGCGACACUUGGGCUUGCACUGCCACCUGCUUCGUCUACGGUGCAGUCAAAGCGCGGAGACGGAUGACGAUAGCAUUCCGCUCCCACGGAGUGACUGGAUGUCGGCGGGCGAAGAACUGGCCGAGCUGCGCCGAUGUGACAGCGAGGAAGAGUUCGCGGAUCCUACCCGCUACAUAUUUGAGUCGGAUGCCACAGCCAUCCGCACCUUUGUCAGGGAGAUGGUGACGCAGUCCAUUAUUCCGACGAUGGAGCGACACGUCUCCAUUUGGAACGACCAAGUGGCAUCUCGGCGCAGAGGUAUUACUGGAAGGUUCAUCAACCUGUCACGGAAAUGGGCCGGCUUUGGAGGCGGCUCUCGGUCGUCGUUGGGCGCUGGCGGCAGUACAAAAGACAAUUAUGACAUGUCAGGAUUUUAUCGAGCAGACACACCUGAGAGCAUCAUGAGGAAGCUCGCAGACUACGCCUUCAUGCUCCGCGACUGGAAGUUGGCUCACUCCACAUACGACCUGUUGCGAUCGGACUUUAGCGAGUCCAAGGCUUGGAAGUACCACGCGGCGGCCAACGAGAUGGCGGCCAUUAGUCUGUUGCUGAUGCCGCAAAAUCUGAGUUCCAAGAGCCGGUCGGAAACGAUAGAUCAGAUGCUCGAGUCAGCCUUUUACUCAUACGGAACUCGAUGCAGCGCGCCGUACGGAGCGACGCGAUCCCUGGCCCUGGGACUUGAGCUUUUACGCCUUCGAGGCGGCUCGCACAUUGACGACGCCGGGAGGUGGGGUCUUCGAUUGCUCGAGUCCAAGAUGCUCGGUCGAGUGGCGGAUGCCCUAUUCAAGGAGCGGUUAGCCGUAUGCUACGCCUCCAGGGCGGGCCUUGGCAGCUUCGGCUGGGGUAGCCGUCACCGCAAGUCGGCUGCCUGGAGUGUCCUAGCCGCGGAUGCUUGGUGCCAACAGGCCAAGUACAUUCCCGCGGAGAGGUGCUUAGCCGACGCGCAGAGGACAUACAGUCUGCUUCCGCACAAGCGUGGCAUCAGCGCGUUCGGGAGCGCCAUGGAGUACAUGGCCUCCCUGGAGCACGAGCUGGCGGAGAAAUUACCGUCGUGGGGAGACGCCGCGAGGAACGAGACCGGGGACGAGGCAGAAGAGGACGAGGUUGACGAGGAGAGCGAAGCCUUGACGGACAUGCGCGCUCGCCGGGCAAGCGUGACGGCUCGGGCGGGAGUGCUGGAGACGGCGCCGCUUCACGGGGGAGCGCGAGACGAAGACUCGUUGGCGCCGGCAGCCUCCGAAGGCUUCGCCUGAUUAUAUACUUCGCUGUGUACCCGGACAUUCCUGGCGGCUAUGAUAUUUUCUCUAUAGACUAGGUGACGGUGGUGGCUGCGCAUUUUAGAGACGGGACGGGGGGCAGUAGAGAGAAGAGAUAUGCGAUGUGGGCAGACAAAAUGGAAUGACUUCCAUGGUGCCUCGGAACUGUGCAGGCCCAGAAGCGCAUCGCAGAACCCUUGGGGCCUUCGCGCCGCAAUAAUAAUGUCAAGGCC